AUUCCCGCUCCGAGCUCAGCUCUCCGCGGCUCCCACGGGCCUUCCUCUUUAUUCUCCCCCCCCACUCCGGUGAAUACUUGGAGAGUUCCGUUCCACGCGGGAGGAGGAGCCGAAUCUAGCUCGGGUGGGAAUCCAGGCAACCCAGAGCCAUCUCAUAAAGUCCCGAAAACCAAAGAGUAUGGCAAAAGCCAUUCUCUCGCCGAGAUCUUAGUCACAGGUUUGUCUUGCAUGGUUGGGCCAGGACUAAAAACCGUUGAGGCAGCUGCGAGCUUGGUAGAGGCGGGGCCGCGAUAGCGCCACGCUGGUCUCCUCCCCCGCACCGCCCAGCGGUGCGAAACUCUGGUUGGCUUGCCUUGCAAAUCAUACUUUGGUUCUAUCAUUUUGAAAAGUCCUGACCUCCUCCCGCCCAGCCUUGUUCGGAGCACUCACUGAAGCUGAGUGUUUGGGGAUCAGGCCAGCUUGGAGGCUGCAACUUUGGCAGACACCACGGGGCAGAUUCUGCGCUGCGGCCCGUGAGCGUGGGCGAGAUGCGGAGCAGGAGCAAUUCUGGGGUCCGGCUGGACGGGUACGCGAGGCUGGUGCAGCAAACCAUCCUGUGUUACCAGAACCCAGUCACUGGGCUGUUAUCAGCCAGCCAUGACCAGAAGGAUGCCUGGGUACGGGACAACAUCUAUAGCAUACUGGCUGUUUGGGGCCUGGGUAUGGCCUACCGCAAGAAUGCUGACCGCGAUGAAGAUAAAGCCAAGGCCUAUGAGUUGGAACAGAAUGUGGUGAAGCUGAUGCGAGGUCUUCUCCAGUGCAUGAUGAGACAGGUGGACAAAGUGGAGAAGUUCAAGCACACUCAGAGCACCAAGGACAGUCUGCACGCCAAGUACAACACCGCCACUUGCAGUACCGUGGUGGCGGAUGACCAGUGGGGCCACCUCCAGGUGGAUGCCACCUCCCUCUUCCUCCUGUUCCUGGCUCAGAUGACUGCCUCAGGCUUGCGUAUUAUUUUCACCCUUGAUGAAGUGGCCUUCAUACAGAAUCUUGUCUUUUACAUAGAAGCUGCAUAUAAAGUUGCUGAUUAUGGAAUGUGGGAACGUGGAGAUAAGACUAAUCAGGGCAUUCCAGAACUGAAUGCAAGCUCUGUGGGAAUGGCUAAGGCGGCACUUGAGGCAAUUGAUGAACUCGAUCUUUUUGGAGCCCAUGGAGGUCGCAAGUCAGUCAUCCAUGUCCUGCCUGACGAAGUCGAGCACUGCCAGUCAAUUCUUUUCUCCAUGUUGCCACGAGCAUCAACAUCUAAAGAAAUCGAUGCUGGACUUCUUUCUAUUAUUUCUUUCCCGGCCUUUGCAGUAGAAGAUGUGAACCUAGUAAAUGUGACCAAAAAUGAAAUCAUUUCUAAGCUUCAGGGCCGUUAUGGAUGUUGUCGCUUCCUUCGGGAUGGUUAUAAAACCCCAAGAGAGGACCCACAUCGCUUGCAUUAUGACCCUGCUGAACUUAAGCUAUUUGAAAACAUUGAAUGUGAGUGGCCUGUGUUCUGGACUUACUUAAUCAUAGAUGGAAUCUUCAAUGGUGAUGCUGUUCAGGUCCAAGAAUACCGAGAAGCUCUGGAGGGAAUAUUAAUCAGAGGCAAAGGUGGGAUCCACUUGGUGCCAGAACUCUAUGCCAUCCCAGCAGACAAGGUGGAUGAAGAGUACAAGAACCCACACACAGUAGACCGAAUUCCACUGGGGAAACUGCCCCAUCUUUGGGGACAGUCCUUGUACAUCCUCAGCUCCCUGCUGGCAGAGGGAUUCCUUGCCACUGGUGAAAUUGAUCCCUUAAAUAGAAGAUUUUCUACUUCAGUCAAACCUGAUGUUGUAGUACAAGUUGCUGUUUUGGCAGAAAACAGUCACAUUAAGGGGCUGUUGCGGCAACAUGGAGUAAAUGUCCAGAGCAUUGCUGAUGUGCAUCCAAUUCGAGUUCAGCCAGGCCGGAUUCUUAGUCACAUAUAUGCCAAACUUGGACGAAAUAAGAAUAUGAAGUUGAGUGGUCGACCAUAUCGGCACAUUGGUGUUCUUGGUACCUCUAAACUCUAUGUGAUUAGGAAUCAGAUCUUCACUUUUACACCUCAGUUCACUGACCAGCAUCACUUCUACCUGGCCCUGGACAACGAGAUGAUUGUGGAGAUGCUGAGGAUCGAGCUGGCCUACCUGUGCACCUGCUGGCGGAUGACCGGCCGCCCCACACUCACCUUCCCUGUCACGCACACCAUGCUCACCAAUGAUGGAUCAGACAUUCAUCCUGCAGUUCUUUCUACAAUUAGGAAACUAGAAGAUGGAUAUUUUGGAGGUGCUAGAGUAAAACUAGGAAACCUGGCAGAGUUCCUCACUACCUCAUUCUACACAUACCUGACCUUCCUGGAUCCAGACUGUGACGAGAAGUUGUUCGAUGACGUCAGUGAUAGGAGCUUUAGUCCUGACAGUGAGUUAGAUCUGGGAGGAUACCUAGAAGACAGCAGUCAUCCAGAAAGCCAAGAUGAACUUGACCAGUAUAUCAACCAACUUCUUCAAAGCACUACCUUGAAGUGCUACCUACCCCCUCUUUGUAAGAAGUCAGAAGACAGCCAUGUUUUCAGUGCUAUCCACUCUACUCGGGACAUACUUUCGGUGAUGGCCAAAGCAAAGGGUUUGGAAACUCCAUUUUUUCCAAUGGUUUUGCCAACUAAAGUUCUAAGUGGACACCGUAAGUCACUGAAUCUUGUUGACUCCCCUCAGCCACUCCUAAAGAAGACUCCUGAAUACAACUACCAGUGGCCCAGAGAUGACCGUGGUGAAAUGGACUGUGAGAAGCUAGUUGGGCAACUGAAAGACUGCUCAAACCUGCAGGACCAAGCAGACAUUCUGUACAUUCUUUAUGUAAUAAAGGGUCCCAGCUGGGAUACCAAUCUGUUUGGACAGCACGGAGUCACUGUUCACAGUCUUCUCAGUGAGCUCUAUGGAAAAGCUGGCCUGAACCAAGAAUGGAGUUUGAUCCGCUACAUUUCAGGCCUGCUCAGGAAGAAAGUGGAGGUCCUGGCUGAGGCCUGUGCAGAUCUGCUGUCCCACCAGAAGCAGCUUACAGUGGGCCUGCCCCCUGAGCCUCGGGAGAAGACCAUCUCCACGCCUCUUCCCCCAGAGGAGCUCACAAAACUCAUCUAUGAGGCCAGUGGACAGGACAUCAGCAUUGCUGUCCUCACGCAGGAGAUCGUGGUUUACCUGGCCAUGUAUGUCCGGGCCCAGCCUAGCCUCUUUGCAGAGAUGCUCAGACUCCGGAUUGGAUUGAUCAUUCAGGUGAUGGCUACAGAGUUGGCACGGAGCCUGAACUGCUCAGGAGAAGAAGCUUCAGAGAGUCUGAUGAAUCUCAGCCCCUUCGACAUGAAGAACCUCCUGCAUCAUAUUCUGAGUGGGAAGGAGUUUGGUGUGGAGAGAAGUGUGCGCCCAAUUCACUCCUCCACAUCCAGCCCUGCCAUCUCAAUCCAUGAGGUGGGUCAUACUGGAGUUACCAAAACUGAGAGGAGUGGCAUCACCAGACUGAGGAGUGAGAUGAAACAGAUGACUAGGCGAGCUAGUGCUGACGAGCAGUUCUUUCCUGUGGGCCAGGCUGUGUCCAACAGUUUGCAUUCCUUCAAGUCUGCGAGGUCCAGCACCCCAUCAUCCCCAACGGGCACAUCAUCUACAGACUCCGGAGGACACCACAUGGGUUGGGGGGAGCAGCAGGGCCAGUGGCUGCGCAGGAGAAGGCUAGAUGGGGCCAUCAACAGGGUCCCCGUGGGAUUCUACCAGAGAGUGUGGAAGAUCCUUCAGAAGUGCCAUGGUCUGUCCAUCGAUGGCUAUGUCCUUCCAUCCUCCACAACCCAAGAGAUGACCCCAUGUGAGAUCAAGUUUGCUGUCCAUGUGGAAUCAGUGCUCAACCGUGUGUCCCAGCCCGAGUAUCGGCAGCUGCUGGUGGAAGCCAUCAUGGUACUGACAAUGCUCUCAGAUACAGAGAUGGACAAUAUCGGGGGCAUCAUCCAUGUGGACCAGAUUGUGCAGCUGGCCAAUCAGCUGUUUUUGCAGGAUCAGGUGUCAUUUGGAGCCACAGACAUCCUGGAGAAAGACCAAGCCACAGGAAUUUGCCACUUCUUUUAUGACAGUGCUCCUAGUGGGGCUUAUGGUACAAUGACCUACCUAACAAAAGCAGUGGCUUCUCAUUUGCAGGAAUUGCUGCCUAGUUCAGGCUGCCAGAUGCAGUAAGGCCUUACCCAUAAACAUAGUUACCCUCUGAAUAUGUCACUUGCCUCAUUGGGAAUUUUCUUCUGCCUUUCCCCAAAGCAUACCCCAUCAGAAGACUUCACAGGGAGAUGACAGCACUCUAGCUGGAAGCGAUGUGUGUUUAAGCCACAGAUAAAGCUGAUGAAUCCCCCGCUCCCCUGAGAAGCACCCUGGGAUCAUUUUCUAGGUUCAUUUCACUGGGACAUUUGUCACAGCAUCUGGUCUCAUGGACUCCGAAAAGGAACUGGAAAUUGGUCUCUUCUGAGUGCAGAGUGAGCUGAGAAGCCAGCUUAAAUUGGCUCUCACCAAGAGUUACAGAAAUAGGUUCGAUGAGCUAGUGACACAUCUUGAAGGUGGAAAGAUCCUUCCAGCAACAAUAGCUAGACAAGCAGACCUUGACAAAGGAACAUCUUAACAGAAUGCAGCCUGUCUGAGAACCAAACUGUUUACCAAACAGAAUAAUUCUGUCUGCUUUGGAAAUUUUACCUAACCUCUCACUCUGUUCAGGUCCUGUAAUUCUUCAUUGCCCAAAUGAACUAAAUUGGCCCUAGUUAAUGUUAGCUCAUAGUCUUCAGAAGAGCUUGUCCUGGCUGUCCACAAAUUACAGGAGUCUCCUCCCGCCUUAGGAAAAUCCCUUAUCUUCCAGAAUCCAUACAAAACAACCAAAAAGGAAAGUGAGGCUGUGACUCUUCUGAUAGGCACACAGUUGUUUUAGGAUUGGAACAGGCAGGGGUCCAGUGGAAGGAAAGGCCUGUCUGUGUCCCUGCACCCAGAGAGCACUGUCAUGCAUGCUCCAAGCGUGAGUCAGCAUUUGCUAUGGAAAUUAGUGGUGUGUUCCUGUAGAAACAAUACUCCCUUAAAAAUAGCCUGGGAGCCAGAACCAUUUUCUACAGAAGCCCUCCCUCUUGGAUGGGUAUGGUCAGGCACUAUGGCAGAGAAGGCCGAGUCCUGACAAGGUCUGGCAAGUCCUUCGCCAUUGUCCCGGUGAAUGGAGUUUCUUUUUAAACCUGGUCUUCCCCAUGUUGGGACAGGGAUAAAGAAUUGAAAGAGUAAUUUCUGUGAAGGACAAAGUCAACUUGUGGCCAAGUGCUACAUUGCCAUCUGGUUGUGAUAGGUUCCGAUUCCCAGUGAGUCUUCACCUCUGAAAUGGAAACCAGUCUGUUGGAUCAGCUUCUCAGAGUUUGCGUGAAGAGAAGGGAAGAUGGUGCUCGGAGGUGCACAGUAUCCUUCAGAGUGGAGAUGCAGGACUGACUUCACUUUAUUCUCGCAUCGGACGGCGGCAGGCUGCCCUGCUCUCCCUUACCACUUGUAGGCAGCUCUAAAAAAUGUGUUUAUCUGUUUGUGUGUGAGAGUGUCUGUGUGAGUGUCUGCCACCUAUGUGGGAGUGCCUGCAGAGGCCAGAAGACAGCAUCAGAUCCCCAAGAGCUGGAGCUACUGGCAGUUGUGAACCACCCUGACUUAGGACUGGGAACCAAACUCAGGUCCUCCGGAAGAGCAGCAAGCACUCUUACCUGCUGAGCCAUCUCUCCUGCCCUCUUAUAUCUUUAAGACAUUUUCAACAUAAACCAGAGUCAGAGUCAUGUAAUUCAUUGACUGACAGAGAUUCCCUGGUAGAUCAUUUCAAACAUAAAGUAAGAAAGAGAUAAGGCGUGAGAGUGCCCAGUGCUGCAUGGGAGAAGUUCUAGAAGUAGAGCCCUUCAGACUGGGCCUGGUGCUAAUCCCGAACACUCUUAGUUUGCCAGUAAUGUGACUGUGACGUGAGAAGUGGCACCUGCUGGGUUGCACUCAAGAUGAGACUCUGGCCAAGGAGAUGAGCCACAAUAAGCAAUUCACUGCAGCUUCCCAGCCGCUCUCUGAAAUCUCUUUCAAAUGAAGUCCUGAAAUAGGACUGCAUUUCCACAGGCAGCAAGCUGCCAGCUUCAAGGGAGGAGAGCAGGCUUCCGAGAUGAUCCCUUUAGGAAGCAGCCGAUGCCAUGCCCGAAAGGGACAGAUGUUUGAGAGGAUGAUGACAGUCCCGUCCUGACAGUACCUUGCCUGGAGGUACUGACUCUCAUAGCCCCUGUGGCCUCUGUCUUGGCUGGCUGUUCCCCAACUCCCAGGAGCAUGGCAGGGAGCCCCUUUCCUCCCAAAGCUGACAAGCCAGUUUUUCACCUUGCAGGGGAUUAGAAUGUGGUCUCAGAGGACACAUCAGUGAAUGCAAGAGUUAAUAUUUAACAUAGCAAAUUGAAAGGCUAUAGGCUGCCCUGUAUCUGCUUGCCCCAGUUUUACAAAAGGAAAGCUCUCUUCCCGGGCACUGACGCCAGUACUUGAUCAUGGGUAAAGGAGUUGACCUUUGUGUGCCUUAGUUUACCCAUCUGCAAAAAAAGUAAGAGACUUCCUGGCUGGUAGAGAACCUUCCUUUGGCAGAUAGGUGACCAGGUAUACCCUAGGACAACACCAAUCCAUCUGAAGUGAAGGUAGACUGUGUCAUGUCUAGUGACUCAGGGCAGGGAUGUAUGUGAAGAUCUUCCAGGUUAGUCUACCCUGCUUCUCAGGCAUAGGAAAGUGUGGUUGCUAGGCCUCAGCUUCCUAGAUAGGAAGAAUGCAAAUGUUCCUUGUAGAACAAAAAGGAGAGCCCACCAGUCAAGAGAAACACGUUGCCAGUUGAUUGAGGCCAUUUACUUCAGGACAAGACGACAGGAGGUUUGGCCUCUAUAAAUUGCAGUGGAGUCAUCUCUCUAUUCUAUUGAUUUGUACACAAGUCCAACAAGUCACCUUUGACUUUUCUGCUUCCUUGUUAAAGGGGACAACAGUCUCCCAUCUCUCCCUAUGUACUAUUCUCUUUCAAGUUGAUUCCAGCUUUUGAAGUCCCUGCCAUCUCCAGCUCUGUUCUUUGCAGGAUGGAAGAACAUCAUGUUCCCUGAAUGCCUUCCGUUCUCCCAGACAUGGCCAUUGAAUAGUUCUGCUUGUGAAGAAAAAAGCAGCACUUUGUCCUCUCAGAGCCCAGUCCCCCCUUGUCUCUCUCCAUCAGAAAACCACUUAGAAAAAGCCAUAACCUUGAGUUACUGAGGGAAUUCUCAGAGGAAUAAGAAGAUGGGUUACUAAGACUAGCUUCCAGUCUUAUGCUGUGUCCUGAUUGAUGGCAAGGGAAAAUUCCAUCAGAAAACUAUUUCUAAGAGAAUAUGUGCAUGUGCAUUCUUAAGGGAUUAUAAUGCCUUCUUAGAGGGACUGGAAUCAAUAGACCAAUGAACUCUGAA